AUGUUGCCUUCAAAUCACUUGAUUAGGCAUGAAUCAGAUAGUUCAGUAGAACAAAAUAUACAAGAUCCAGAUUUCCCAUGGUCAUGGAAACCAAGACAUAAACUGACUGGAUUAUUGAAUCAAGGUGGAACAUGUUAUUUGAAUACUCUGUUACAAACGUUACUUCAUACACCAGAAUUUACAUGUAUGUGUACAUCAAGAUAUCCAAGAGUUGAAUCGUUUAUUAUUUGA